AUGGAUAUUAAUGAUUCAGCAGCGCGAACACUAAAAAUCUGCAUUCAUGAUAAGAACGAUAGGAAAUACUCUAAUCAAGACGUGGUAUUAAACCCAGAUUAUGAGUAUAACAUCGGGCGGCUGUUGGCCGUGUAUACCCCGGAAGCAACAUUCGACAGAACCAAACAUUUGUUUGUAAGAUUCGUCCCAAUUGAUAAAAGUACACUUAACAAUAAUCAAGUAUCGGUAACCCAAAGCAUCGCAUCCCUGUUUGGUUUUAAAGCAUGGUCGGAUGUAAGAGUUCGAAAGGUUGAUGUAAAUUACGCGGCGGCUGAACACAUUGAGCUCCUGUUUAAAGAUCAAUAUAUUGGACGUGGUGAUAUGUGGCGCUUGAGCCGGAGUCUUAUCGGUUCGUGUGUACAUGUUGGAAAGGAGGUGAAAAUGCUUGAUGAAUGUAUCAAGGCAAGGGUGAAAAAUAUAUACGGCGGUGGCGAAUCGUUAUUAAGCGGAUUGGUUACCGAAAAGACCAAACAAAUAUUCAGAUCGGAAUCUGCAAAAUAUUUUAUCCUGGUCCAGAUGAGCAGAGAAAUGUGGGAGUUCGAUGAAGACGGCGAAAUAUAUUUUGAAAAGACUUUUGAUGGAUUUUUACCCGAGUUAUUCCAACGAUGGAAGGAGUUUUCGACGAACCACUUGGUUUCUAUCGUGCUAUUUUCUCGCGUAUUCUACGAGGGUACCGAGGACAUAGUCAGUGAAGGUGUAGCUUCGAAAGAUGAUCAAGGAAGAUGGUAUAAAGAUCAUUAUAAAGUGAUCGUUGAUUGGGAAACCCACUUUGAUUGGAUGAUUACCAUUGAUUCGCUGAAGCGAGAACUGCUUAGGUAUCAGCGGGAUCUUCUAUCAUGCGAAAAGGGAGGUGUGUCAUGGUUAUGUGGACAGAAUUCAUGUGCAUUUGAAGGAAACAUAUUAGAGGCAAUUAAUCUCGCGUUGAACCCAUUCGACAAACAUUAUAUUGAUAGAGAUCUGCUACGUACUGGAUUAGCCAUAAUAAUAGUCACUCCGGGAACUGGACAUUUUGAGGUCAAUAAACGACUACUCAGAAUUACCGCCGAACGUAUGGUUUAUAAUGGAAUAGGUCUCGAUUUGGUGUGUCUAUCCAAGGAACCGCUACAUACUGUUCCUCUUUUUAAGUUCAAAUCGCAGGAAUUGUCAAAGGCACCUUUACCCAGAUGGUUGGAAUUGACGAAAGAAAGAAUUGAUGCUCGAGAUCCUUUAGAUUAUGACGAAAAUUUGUCCGAAGCUAAGCAUGAAUAUUAUAAAACUCCGGAUUGGAUUGAUUGUAGUUUUUAUACCAGACAUCAGGAUAAACCAUACAAGCCAGGAAAAUUUGAAAGCCGAUGUAAGAUGUAUGAAAUACAGAUGAUGGGAAUUACAAAGUAUGAUGUGUGUUCUGUAGGCAUUCCAUACUUGGACGAUGAAUUGCAUGCUAAAAUCGAUAUUCUAAAAAAGUCGUCUGGUACACAAAACGGUGUAGCCGAUGCUUAUGAUUUGUAUGACGAGAGCGUGUUUGCAUCAGAAAAAAUGCCAAAUGGGUUUCAGGAACGGAGUGCGCUACAUCCGUUUAAAGAAUUAACGGCAAGCCUUAGUCAAAAUAUUGAGCCGAUUCCGACGAAUCGUAGCUAUAAUGACCAUUCCCGUCAUCCACGCGUUGACCUGCCCAACAGCCUUCCCAAGAUGUUUGCUAACUCGGCAAUGUCUGUACUGCAGUCCGAUCAUCGAUUGUCCAGGUCUCCUUACAGGAUGUAUAGUCAGACCAUUGGUUCCUCACCGGAUCUCCGCUCUUCUGCGCUUUUUGAAACUCAUCACUCGGUGCCGAUGGCUAGAUCCGGAUCCCAUGAUGUGCUUAUGGCAUCAUGUCCUGAAGAGGAUGUGACGCUAUCAAGUCAAACUCAACCGGUGCCGAUCGGCAACGCAUUGAGAACCAGAAACCGUAGUCUAAGUCACGCAUCGCCCAGGGCUCAUUAUGAUCCAUCAUACUCGGACGAACCGGGUAAAUAUCAUAUAAAGAAUUCGUUAGGAAAGCUUUUGGCAGCCAGGCAACAGCACAAACAAGGACUUGUCAACCCAUCCAAUCCUGAAAGAAAUGAUCGGAAAACGGAAUACGGAUUUGAAUUGAGGAAAUGGGAACACAUAUUUCCACGACCGCAUUCAAACACAGUUAAAUGGACUGCUUUGUGUAAUCCAGCGUGUUUACCAUUGACCACGGAGGACUUCCCACCAAUCAACGAAUCAGCACUUUAUGUGGAGUAUACGUAUGAUAUAUCAAUCGAUCCAGACGUAUCUACUAUGGACGGAGAAGCGUUGGUAAACGAGAUGAUAUCACAACGAUUGGCCCAAGGAUACCAAUUGAUCAUGGUACCAUCAGUGACUGAAAAUCCAGUAUCCAAAACAUUCAACAACACCAGCACCUUGUUGGAGAAUGGUAAUUAUUACCCUUCCGCACUUAUAAAAACUGAUGUUCCUUGUUUUCUAGCUAUGGGACAUUCCGUACACAAGUUGACUCGUAAAGAUGAAAUGAGUGUAGAAGUGAAGAUAUAUGUGAAAAGGAACGAAUACCUACCAACUCCCUUUUCAUAUAGUUACUAUGUAUGGCCAAAGGGUCGAUCAUCGUAUGAAAAGAGGGAAGUGAAAUUUAACUAUCCAGGUUCUAAUUCCCAGCAUCCAAAUUACAAAUGGAAUUACGUGGAUCAAUUGGUAGCUGGAUAUCAAGAUAAUUUAACGGAUGAUUUGAAAUUCUGGCGUGCCAGGUUUCUCUUAAUACCAACAGAGACUAUAUCGAGCGCUGCGAAAGCAGGUGGACAGCUGGAUCAUCUCAGUGACGAGGACAUAAGAAUAAAGGGAAUAACGGAAUUUCUGGGAAUUCUUCAGAAAGCACGCUGGUUUCCACCCAACCACCCGCCAAAUAAAAUAAUAAAAGCCAUUCCUAGACCAGAAAUUACUACUCUCACUCCAUCCGAAUAUGUACGCAGACCAGAUGCAUCCAUUACGCCACUCGACAACGCUGGGGGGAAUCUUACGAGUGAUAGCACCCUAGCAACAAUAGCGCAAGCAAUACUAGACUCUGACCCGCCACUAGCAAAAGGCAGGAGAUGGCGUCUAAAAUUUUAUGAGAAUGCAAUAAUUGGCCAGGAAGCGAUAGAUUGGAUGAUCGCAAACUUCGCGGAUAUUAACACCCGUGACGCGGCUGAAGAGUUUGGGAACAAAUUAAUGGCGCAGGGAUUGCUCGAACAUUGUAAUCGUAGACAUAGAUUCAUGGAUGGGUAUUUUUUCUAUCAAUUGAAGGAGGCGUAUGCCCCAAAAAAAGAAUUCAAAGGAUUUUUGGGGUUCACUAUUAAUAAGAAAGAUAAACAGGACCCUCCUCCAGAUCCACUGCCAGCCAAACCAGCAGAUGGUGCUCCGCAAGAGAUUGCUCUAAGCAGAUGUAUAGAGAUUGAUAUUGAUCCGGAAAAGAAAUCAAAUAGAAAAGAGACAGCUACGCUUCAUUACGAUGUCAUUAACAAUCCAGACAUUUGUUAUCACUUCCAAUUGAAUUGGUUGGGUUGCACGGCUCGGUUGAUUGAAUCAAUGUUGAAUACGUGGAGUGCUAGGCAUAUAGACAAAUACGGGCUAAAGCUAGUGGAAGCUCCUGUAGAACAAGCCAUGAUUCUAACCGAUAACCCGUUCCAAUCUCCGACAGUAAUUCAACUAGCCGUUCAGCCUCCUCCGCUUGAUAUGAAGAACCUUGAUCCCGAUGUCAAUCCUUACCUCUAUUACCAAAUACAAUUGGUCAAACGUUUUCACUUUGUUCUUGACGUCGAGGCAGACAGUCUAUUUCCUGACAAUGUCAAGAUAAAAUAUUCGUACCAUAAAACGCCGUACAAAUAUUCUCAAUAUAUUCACAGAUCAGGAACUGUAUUUAUUCAGAUAUGCGAGCCAGGGAACGGGUAUCUGUGGGUGGUUAACCGACUAUACGCCACCCGUGCUACUGGACUCAAGCAAGCCACACCUAAUCCUGAUGAACUCUUGAAAGAUUUUCAAAAGUUUUGUUCGGAUGCGGAGAAGUUGGAACAGUUUUGGAAAGAAACGGAAGAGAAUAUUCCAUACGUGUGUGAGAACGAAACAGCGAAACCAUAUGUCCUUGAAGAUAAAACGAAAGAAGAUGCUAUAGAGCAACAAGAAGAACUACCAGUAACCCAAGCUCAAACACUAGAUGAUCCUAAGUAA